GGCCACGCCAGUAGGUGUCUUGCUGCCCGCCUAUCAGCAGGUGCAUGCUGCGAGCUGCGACUGCGCGACUGUGUGGCUUCGUGAAGGCGACUUCGCUGCCCUCAUCUGGAUUCGUGACUUUUUCGCAAAUCGAAUACCAGCCAGCAAUGAGCGAUCGCUACAGCUUCAUCCCUGCGACGCGGGAGCAGGUGGAGACCAUCAGGAAGAGUCUGGGGACAGACGAAGAGGACAUCAAGAGGGCCAUAGCGUCUGUUCGAGACUGGCUCAGGAUGCAGCCGCAUCUGCCCGACGAGAUAGAUGACGCACGCAUCGAUAGGAUGUACGUAAACUGCAAGUGCAGCAUGGAGAGGGUUAAGAAAGGAUUGGAUGCCUACUUCUCGCUGAGGACCAGGUAUCCAGAGAUGAUGAUGAAUCGUGACCCUAUGGGAGCCGACGUUGUGAGCACCAUGGAACACAUCGUGAUGCUGACGAUGCCUCGCCUUACCAAAGAGCUCUACCGGGUGCACAUCUUUGCCGACCCCGACCCGGACCCCAUGUGGGUCUCCUGGACAAAUUAUGCAAAAACCGUCUCCAUAAACCUCGACUGGAUGCUAUUGAAUGACUACUCGCUCGGAGACGUCGUCAUCAUGGACCUGAAGAACACGACUGCCGGACACGUCCUCCGGUCUGAUAUCAAUAUGAUACGAGGUAUUGAAUUUGGCUACAAGACUGCCUAUUGCCGGAGCUUGAAAGCAUUACAUUUGAUAAAUGCUGGCAAAGUAGUUGAUUUGGCAAUGAAAAUAUUGAAGGCAGCUCUCUCCGAAAAGUUGCAGAAGAGGAUACACGUCCAUCCUCCAGGAUCAACGACGCUGUUUGACCACGUGGCAAAGGAACAUCUGCCGGACGAACUAGGAGGCACUGGCGGUCCUAUGCACAAACUUGCCUAUGAUUUCUUCAGAAGAACGGAGAAGAUGCGAGACUGGUUCUUGGAGCAGGACCGUUACAUCUCGGACGAGAGCAAGAGGCCUCCUGAUAACCACUACGCCGACGACUUGUUCGGAAUAGCGGGCUCCUUCAAGAAGCUCUCAGUAGACUGACGCAGUUUCAUUUAAUAUUGUAGAUUCUGUUACUUGUGAUAGUAAACUGUGAUACACAGGGUGAACUGGGAAUCCACCAAAAAAAUUCCAAGCUUUUUUGUGAUAAUUUCUACUUUGGUGUAACGGACCGAUGGCCUCCGGUGGUUCGUUAGAGAAUAACAACAUUUCGUUUGACGUUUUCUUGUUGAGGUCUUCAGUCGAAGCCUGGUUUAGUACAGAACCCAAUGCUACUCUAUCCUGUGCUCAAACGUCUUCACCUCUCCACACGUACAGAAACCGCCGCCCAUCCCACCACUUCCUUCCACUACCGAACUGACAAUUCCUUGAUUCCUGUGAAUGUCUCAUAUCAACCAAUACCUUCUUUCAGUUGAAUUACACGCUUUCAUUAUUUAUUCGACCUACCCAUAAAAUCUACAGCAUUCUUCUGUAGCACCACGCUUCGGAAGCUCCUGUUCUCUUCUUGUCUGACUAUUUAAUCAUCCACGUUUCCCUUCGAUACAAUGCUACACUCCACAUAAAUACCUCCAGAAACAAACCCUAAAUUACUUAUAUUCAUUGUUUAAGAGAUUUAUCUUUUUCACAAAUGCUUCUUUUGCGAUUCCCAGUCCGCAUUCUAUAUCAUACCUACUUCCGUCAUCGUUAAUUAUUUAAAUGCCUAAUCAUCAAAAUGGUCAGUGUCUCAUUUUGUAAACAAAUUCCCUCUGUUCGCCACAUACAAUUGCCUGAACUUUAAUUCCGUUCCAAAUAUCUCAUUAAUUUCCUUUACUGCCUCAAUAUCCAGACUGAAUUACAUGUACGAAUGGCUACAGCCCUGUAUCAAUUCCUCCUAAACUACCGAUUUCCCUUUGUGCCGUUCGAAUCUGGUAACUGCAGUCUGUUUUCUGUACAAGCUCUAGGACUUUCAGUAACUGCAUUCUUUCCCUUUUACCUUCACGGUUUCCCAGCCAACACUCUUUAAAUCUACAAGCGCUUUAAAAAUGGGUUUGCCUCUACUCAGUCAAUCUAAGUCGUAAGAUCAUUAUCGCAAAAAAAAAAAAAAAAAAAAAAAGUCGGCUUCCACCAAUUUCUCCAUUCUUCUGCAAAUUUGUCGUGUCAGCAUUCUGACACCAAUUUGUUAUACCGAUGGCUCUCUAAUAUUCGCACCUGACAGCAGCUGCCUUCUUUUAAUCAGUAAUAAUUACAGAUUUCUCACCUGAUCCCAUUUCUGCUUUGUAUCCAUAUUACACUGAAAAUAUCUGGUGAUUGGGAUAACAAAACGAAUAAGUCAUAAUGAAAUUAUUACUCUGUGACAAUCCACCAGAGAUCACGGCUCCUUUAUACCAAAAUAAUUAGGAAAUGUCCUUGAACAAUCUCUGGAAUUUUUGUCAGUGAUUCAGGUUCACCCGGAUAUGUCGUACGCGUGUUCUUCCACAGGGACUAGGUCUAUGAGACCUCCACAAUCACACUGCAUGCUCCCUGUGUCUAAUAUGUAUCUUGUAUGAAACUGAAGACAUAAUAAUAUUGUGUUUCCGAUUCCUCGA